GUUGUUUCUAAGCCUCGCAAGCGGAACUGUUGCACAGUUACCAUGGUGAAUUCACAUUAGCACUAAGGUGGAGUUCUGUUAGUAGUUUUUGCAGGAGACCUUUAAGAGUGGAUGGAUCAGUUUUAGUCUUUUCAACGACUAGAAGUUGUCGCUGCCACUUGGAAAUUUUCUUUUUUUUACUUUUUUUAAAAUUCUAGAAUAUAAUUUUUUUUUUACGGAACAAUGAAGGGUGCAUUAUUGGCAGUCCUAUGGAGCUUUAUCUGUUCAGCCUGGGCAGAGGUUGAGCUUCCACCUGGAGUUGAUCGCAGAAUGUAUUGUGAAAGCUGCUUAGCAACAGUCCGAGAACUGAAAAAAUCUCUAAACACUCCCACUGGUGAGACUAGUGGGACAAAGAUCAAAGCGCAGGCCACAAAGGUGUGUAAUGCUCUAACGUUUGAGAAGGAGAAUUUCUCGUCUGACAAAGCUCAAAUUGCCUGUAAUCAUUUACUUGAUACAUACGGAGAGAAUUUCGAAGAUGCCUUACUAACAGAGAAAGAAGACACCAUGGAGGCUACUAUAUGCUACAUUUAUACAAAGGCUUGCACUGGAGUCAAGAGAGAGACCUUUAAGGCGCAGCACUUCGAUGAUGGGGCCGUUGAGGACCUUCUCCAGAAACACGCAAACCGUGUGCGUCGCAGCAAGCCAGUUGUGCCUGAAGGAAUCCCAGGUUCCCAAGACAGAAAAGAAGAGCUGUGAAUCACAGAACUGUUUUAUGGCCAGUGUAGCCGUCUCAGACUGUGCCUCAUCCUCCUGCCUUUCUGUAAUAUGUCUGAAACAGCCUGUGUAUAUGUGUUUACAUUUGCCUAUACUACCGGAGUUAACCCACUCCACUGUUCAAUGGAUAAUAUGAACAGGCAGCAAGGCUACAAUGGUCGAAUAUUCCAAAUAAUUGGGACGAACACGGCUGAUCGACAAGUAAAACUGGCAACAGAAAGUGGCAGUCGUGGUUUUAUCAUUAACCCAAUACAAUCAUCAAAUAAAACUUUUUUUUGGG